GCCCCACCCAUAAAAGUGAUCGUUUCCGGGGUCGUCAGAAUCCCGGCAUGGCGGAAGGAAGGUGAACAUGGUGAACCACUAGCGGCGAGCGAGCACCAAGUCCGGGAGAGAGAGGGGAAGAAAAACCUACAGCAACGCUUCGCCGAGACCCAGUAGUUAGCGCCGAUGGGUCGGGAAGAUGGCGAGACAUAUGUACAAUAGAAUGAGGAUAAAACUGCGGGCGCUGUUCGCGGCGCUGAUGCUCUUCUCCGUCCUGUGUUCGGUGAUGUACUACAUCUAUGGCGCCCCUGGCGAAGCAAACACCCUGUGGUUCACGUACCUAGCCUUCAACAAGGACAUCGCAGAGAAGAUCGUGAGCUGGAAGGAUGCCUUAGUGAGUGACAGUAUAGUCAUACCCCCAGAGCAGUGGGCACUCAUGCAGAAGAACAACAUUUCCUAUGAAUAUCUGCUGGAAGAGUACAAGAGAAACCUGUCCAGGUGGAACGAAGUGAGCACCACAUUCGCACCCCCCAACCUGGUGCUGCAUGAGAAUGAGCUCUGUCCAGAGAGAUUACCAUCGAUGACGGGAGAGAUCGAGGUGAACAUGACAGAGGUAAACCUGACCACAGUCAUGAAUGAAAUUCUCCAGGAAGGACCCAUCAAGCCUGGGGGGCACUGGACACCGACAGAUUGUAAAGCUAAAUACAAGGUUGCGAUCUUAGUCCCGUAUCGGAACAGAGAGGAGCACAUCCCCAUCCUGUAUCGCCACCUCAUUCCAAUGCUGCGCCGACAGAAACUGGAGUUCGGCUUCUACUUCAUAGAGCAAGCUGGGACCAACCCGUUCAACAGAGCGAUGCUUUUCAACGUGGGGUUCAAGGAAGCCAUGAAGCGCUACCCCUGGGACUGCUUCGUCUUCCAGGACGUGGACCACAUUCCUGAGAACAACAGAAACUACUACGGCUGUGGACAGAUGCCCAGACACUUCGCAGUCAAGCUGGACAAGUACAUGUACAGACUACCUUAUGACGAGUUCUUCGGAGGCGUUAGCGGGCUGACCACAGAGCAGUUCAAGAAAAUUAACGGCUUUCCCAAUGCAUUCUGGGGCUGGGGAGGGGAGGACGAUGACCUCUGGGCAAGAGUUGCAAAUGCUGGAUACGAGGUGUCCCGACCCCCUGGAGAUGUAGGGAAGUACAAGUCCAUCCCCCAUCAUCACAGAGGGGAGGCACAGUUCCUGGGAAGGUGGGGCCUUCUGAAGCAGUCCAAAACAAGGAACUUCUUGGACGGUCUGAACAACAUCGUGUACGACCCCCUCAUCACCGUGCACCCCUUAUACGUCAACAUCACGGUGGAUCUACAGCCCAUGGAUGUGGACUAUCCCGAGGAGGAGAGCUAGCACAGGGGGAGGGGGGCGCUACAUUCUAAACUUCAAGGUCGUCCCGCGGUCCUCUGUGCUUGAACCCCCAGGCCUGGUAUACGAGGAGGGCGCAUGACGAAAAUUUACUGAGACAUUUUUUGAUGCCCUUUAUACCUAUGUGAAAAGGAUGAAAGCUGUGACGUGUUGUUCUUGUAUAAGUUAUAUCUCUGAUUGUAAGGCUAGCCAAAUGUAGACGAAUGAUCCACAGUCUUCUGGGGGUUGCACAGAGGAUCGUGGGAAGCCAAAGUGAGUCCAUGUAAAACUAGAAGCAGGCUGCUAUAAGUUAAACUGCAGUAAGUUAAAUCUUGUCCGUCACCAAGAAAUGCCUGAAAAUGUCGAGCCAGGCUUGCACCUCCCACGGGCAUUUUACAGUUCCAGCCCUGUCCAGGCUACCUUUCAAAGGUGGCCCAAGCUUGAAACUUCUCCCGUCAUUAGUUCUGAGAUACCUCUGUUUAUCAUAAGACAUUUGAUGUAACAGUAUUGCAUAAUGCACAUUGUACUGUGGUACUAGUCCACUAGUUUAAGUUACAACUGCAUCUGUUUAUCUUAGGUCAUUUGACGUAACAUUAUUUCGAUGUGCAACAAAACAGUAUUGCAUAAUGUACACUGUACUGCAGUUAUCCACCAGUUUAAGUUACAAACGCGUCUGUGAAGAAGAAGCGGUGGUCCAAAAGUGAAAUGGGUUUCUUGAGGCUUCUCAUGGCAGGUUGAUUCAGCUAGUCAGACACAUUUGUAGAUGCCAGGCUCACUGGUCAUGAAAAGCUAAGACUUGGGCAUCUCAUCCUGUCCUCAUCUGCAACAUAAUGAAAGCUAAACAACAAUUAUAAGUCUCCAAGCAGAAGCAGUGUCUCGCUCGGUGUUUCACAUGUGUUUUUAAGGCUUUUUAUAUGUCGGGGGGAGGGGAAAAAAGUAGACCCCAAGAUAAACAUAUAAAGACCUUCAAAGCAAAGGCCAGGCACUGUUUGGAGAUCAGCAAUGGUAAGGCGGGGCUGUACUUUUGCACAUAAGUACUUUUUUUUCUUAUUAUUCAAGUGUACCUAAUGUUUGUAUAGUGUUUGAUGAUGUGUGGCUUGGGAUAAAUCUUACUGAUGCAUUGUUGAAAGUCAAAUCAAAGAGUGCUAAAAACAUAUGAUCUUCUCGGGCAGCUGCGAUUAUGGAUCAUUUAAUUAACACCACAUUUCUUUGGAUAUGUUUGGAGCUGUGUAAAUAUUCAUUAUCAUUUAGAUUUAAUGGUUUACCUUGUUUACUAUAUCAGUUAUUAAGUUGAUGAGAAAUAUCCAAAGAGUUUCUGUAUUUUUUAUCAAGGACAUACGUGUAUGUGCUAGUCCAAGUCCAAAACAGACCUGAUUUGUCAAACUGUGAUAAAAUUUGCCCAUCAAAUAAGCUGUCAGUAGAUAUAAUGAUUUUCCAAUCAAGAAUAUCAUCUUCAGCACAAGUCAUAACAAAAAACAGGAUGAAGGCAAAACUGUGCAAGGUGGUUUUUCCUGAUUGAAAGGUUAUCAAGAAAGGUAGAACUAACCAAUACAGUUGUUGGGCAAAGACAAAAGGGUUUGGGGGCGUCAGAGUUUGACAUUUUAGUGUCCCGUAGGCAUAUCACAAAUCUUGACGGACAGACGUACUGUGUGUCUUUUGUCAUAUAAAUGUAUUUUAUGUUAUGUUAUCUGCCAAAAAUUUGUCCAGAAAGAAAUUUUUCUAAGUUAAAGAAGUGAACCGACAUACUUAAUGAUUGUGUUACAUUUGUGCUUAGCAUUGCCUGUCUUAAUUUUCCUUUAAAAAAGGUACACGUACCAUCUAACACGUCAAGCAGACUUGUAAGACCUGCAGUUGUAUGGACAGCGAAGUGUGUGGGGAGAUGUACAUCUAUCAUUCUAUGGUCUAUCUGUGUAGCCUCGGAGGCUAGUAGUACUCUGUGCUGUGCUUUUUGUGUGUGCAAACUACAAUGGCCAGUGUUUGUAGCUUCCCAGUAAGGUGUAAGUUCUAUCUGAUGUUUUCUUGUUGCUGAUUUGUUACUUUCAGUUGUGUGAUUGAGCCGUGUCUCAACUUAAAAAUAAUGUAUCAUGUUACCAGUUAUUGACUGUAAGUUAAGACAAAUAUUUGAGAGCACCGCUAUACUUUGUACAUUUUAUAGAUAGAGCCAAAGAUCUCUCUCUUUUUGAACUGGUAAAUUUUGAUGCCUACAAUGCUUUUUCAAAUUUUGUAACUUGAGAACACAGCUCGCAAUCAGCAAAUACUACACUGUGGUGUGUUGCAGACAUGCUAUUGCACUAUUGCAGUUUUGUAGCUCAAAUGCUUGAAAUUGCCUUCGUGCAUUUGUAAUGGACUUGCUAUUUAAUGUAAUGUGUUCCUCUCAUCAAAUCAUUGAUUAACGACCAAAUUACAUGUAAAGACUUAAAUAAUUAGGGACUUAAUCAUUACACGGGCCGCUGCUUUGGUAUGCCAUCCUUAGAUCUGGAAGUAUCAGUAGUAAUGUGUAAGGAUGUUCCUAGUCGGUGCUGAGACGGUAACACUUGCCUAGCUGCUCUGUGCAUGGGAUACUUACUGUACAGUCAUAGAUGUGUGAUAUUGUGGAGUCAUAUCAUUUUUUGUACACUUUUUUCUUUGAAAUGACAUACCAACUAAUGUAGACAUGUGAUCUGAAUUGUUUUAGUCUACCAGACUCCUCUGAGUUGCUGUGGGAAAAAAAGUAGAUAGGCUUGGGCUCUGGGUGGCCCAUGUGUAACCCCUUGGCCAGCUAACUCCCCUGGCAAAUUAUUUACCAUGUUUUGCCAGUUCCCACUAUUUUACCAGCAAUGCAAGAAGUCAGGUAGAUACCACAAUCUGUAUUGGUAUUGACCUUUUUUAUUGAUUACUGUAGUACUAUGACUAGUAUGAGGUAGUUGUGACAUGACAUUUCCGGCCAGGGUAGAGGCAUAUUUGUAGCAGUCUGACAGAAAUGCUGGUUUUGCUCUAGUAGAGAACCUGAUCAGAGGGGCAAAACUUUUCAACUUCGAUCGAUUCAUGACACUUUGAAUCAAUCUACAUGAAGUUUCUAAUUUACAAAGGGGAGAACAUCCUGAUCAUCAGACAAUCAGCAUCUCUACUAAUAGAAUCAGUGAUUCUGCCAGAUCGCAGUCUCUGCCCACAUACACAAAAUGUCGCUCAGAUAUAACACCAUCGUAGGCACUGUGUCAUGGAAUGGUUAAAAAGCUAGCAGCUGAAAUGUAUAUAUAUAGAUAGGCCAAAAUGUUUCUGGUGUCUCAGCCAAAGAAGUCUUGUUGCCAUCUGCGCAUGAUUUAUUUUGUUUAUACAGGUGGUCAAAUGCUAUAAUGUAUUCACUAGGCAGUGCUAAGUGGUCAACCUGAAAUGAGGGUAUGAUAGAAAUGCUUUUAAUGUUCAAUAAGAAGUGAUGUGAAUGCUGUGCUGGCUUUGCUAUCAAGAAACACUAUAUUUAUGCAGAGGAAGGGGCAAAAUUUAUAGGUUCUAUGACUUUUUUUGAAAUUGGAAAUAGGGCAUGUAACUAACAUCUUUGCCCAGCUCGCCGGCUGAAGUACAGUUCAUGUAAAAUGAUCGAAUCUUGAAAUAUUUCAUGUAUUUAGGACAUGGGACCCAGUUAACACCAAAUUCAGCAAAAGUCACCAUACAGUCUGUGUGUGUGUGAGAGUCAGAGUGAGACUCCAAAUACACACAGUGUCUUUAUACUAGUCUCCAAGCAGAUCCUACGGUGCCAUAAGAUAGUACCAAAGCUGGCAAAGAAGUAUAGCAGCCAACGGGAGUCAGACGGGCACAGGAGCAUACACUCUCCAAGGCUGGCUUCACUCCUCUGCCAGCUUUUGAUACUACACAAAUCUUAUGCUACUGUAAGAUCUGCUUGGAGAUGAUCUUUAUACUGCAGUAGCAACGCCACAAUGAGAUUGCUUGUCUGUCUUGGACCAAUGACAGAAAGACUGUGAGCCAUCUGGAGUCCCGUGUCCGCGAUGCUGCCCCAAUGAUUCUGCCAAUAUGAAGCUGUCUGUGUCUGUGCUUAAUCAAGGCUUUGUACUGUGGCUGUCACGCAGCGUACUUAGCUGUCCUGUUGUACAAGCUUUUUUAAUCGCUAAUAAAGGUAGACAUAUCAAGA